GACUUAAACACAGUAUCUGCAGUUGGAGAAAUAAGGAAGUGAGUGAACAGGCUGGGGUAUUGUCUAGAUGGCCUACAGCUUUUGUCAAAUAGACUUCAAAGGUAUAUUUUAUUUUAGCUAACCAUAGGUUUAGCUUUUCCUAACUUUAACCUGAUCAUCCUAACCUGGUACAUUAAUUCUCCUAACCUGCUGCGUAAAUUCUAAACCUACUACGAAAAGUAAAUUUGAACAAAAGCUGUAUCCAUUCUAGCCACUACUACGUGCUGGGCUAGGGUCGCGGAAUGAUACAUAGUCCCCAUUCUAACCACGGCGAGUAUACACGUCUAUCCCGCUAGUGGAAACUCCAUCUAAAGAACCCGCGCACUCCUAGUCUGCUUCAUAGAUAAUCAGCCUAGAUCCAUCAAACAUGGCCGAUCAGCUAACAGAGGAACAGAUUGCAGAGUUCAAAGAGGCGUUCUCCUUAUUCGACAAGGAUGGUGACGGCACCAUCACGACCAAAGAGCUGGGCACCGUGAUGAGGUCGCUGGGACAGAACCCCACAGAGGCGGAGCUGCAGGACAUGAUCAAUGAGGUCGAUGCUGACGGCAACGGUACCAUUGACUUUCCAGAGUUCUUGACCAUGAUGGCCAGAAAAAUGAAGGACACGGACAGUGAGGAGGAGAUCCGUGAAGCCUUUAGGGUAUUCGACAAGGACGGAAACGGCUACAUCAGUGCUGCAGAGCUCCGCCACGUCAUGACAAACCUGGGGGAGAAGUUAACAGACGAGGAGGUAGACGAGAUGAUCAGAGAAGCAGACAUUGAUGGAGACGGACAGGUCAAUUAUGAAGAGUUUGUACAGAUGAUGACUGCAAAGUGAACCUCGCCUGACUUUCCCUGUUCCCUCUUAGAGAGGAAAAAAAAAUAUCUGUUUUACUUACCUCUUGGGGAAAAAACUGUUUUCAUUUAUUCAUGCUGUUUCUCUAUAGAAAAUAAACAAAUGUUGAAAUAAAAUCUCUUUCCACACAGAGAGAGAAAAAUAUAUAAAACGUAUACAAAAAGUGUCUGCAUGAUAUGGUUAGUGACCCUGUCCCCCAAAAAUCUGUUCAGCAUCAGUACUUUAAAAGAUGCAAAUACAAACCCGGUAAUAACUACCUUCAAACCGAAGCAAGGCAUUUGGAUCCCAUGGAACCUUGGAACCCCUUCCAGGUUCCAUCUAUCUGCUAGUGGUAAUGUUUGGGCUGGCCGUCUCUCUUUCUCUCUCUCUCUUCUCGGUUUUCUGAUCUUUAUGCAUGCAGCUUGUGACUGGAGCACUCCCUGCAGCCAAUCAGAGCGUGCUGAUUCCACAGGGGCAUCGUUGGUCUGGUACAGUUUUUUUGUAUUUGGAGAAGAAUCCUAGUGAUAUGGUAUAUGAAAGGAAAUAUGGUUCUUAUUCAAGCUGAAAGCUGAAUGAAACUUACUUGUAUGCUAGAUUAAAAUAUAUAUUUUAAAAAAUAUAUUACAUUUUCAAAAUGUUUGGCAUGUUUGUUUUUGUUGUUAUGUUAUUUGGAGGUCCAUGUUAGGUAUGUGUGUACCUGUUCUGAAUAGGAGGGAUAGAAGGAGUCUUAUGGUGGAGCUUUGUUUUUGUUUUUUCAUCUUUCUGGCUCUAAGGGACAUUCACCGGCCUUUUUCUUUACGUUUUCUCGACUCGGACAGGAGUGUGGCGAGGUUGUUGUGUUUAUCUGCAGUAUGCAUUCUGUAGGUAGGAGUUUCAGCAGUCUUAUCCACUGUUCAUCUGAGUUCACUUUACAUUCAUUCCAAGUUGUAAAUGCUAGUCUUCAUUUUAUUUUUUUUCCAAAUAAAAAGACCAUGGACCUUGA